AUGAGGUGGCAGCGCAACUCUCGGUUUAGAGGGCUUUGGCCGGAGGCCGCCCCAUGGGCAGUCCUGCUGGCUCUUGGCGUGCCCGGGUGGGUGCUGGCUGUCUCUGCCACGGUGGCCGCUGUGAUCCCGGAGCAGCAUGCCUCCUCGGCUGGCCAGGCUCCCCUGGACUGGCUACUCACAGACCGAGGCCCCUUCCACCGUGCCCAGGAGUAUGCUGAUUUCAUGGAGCGUUACCGCCAGGGGUUUACCACCAGGUACAGGAUCUACAGGGAGUUUGCCCGAUGGAAAGUGAACAACUUGGCCCUUGAAAGGAAAGACUUCUUCAGUUUGCCCCUGCCUCUCGCCCCAGAGUUUGUCCGUAACAUCCGCCUCCUCGGAAGGAGACCCAACCUGCAACAGGUUACUGAAAACCUCAUCAAAAAGUACGGCACUCAUUUCUUACUUUCUGCCACUCUCGGAGGAGAAGAGUCCCUGACCAUUUUUGUGGACAAGAGGAAACUGAGCAGAAAGGCAGAAACAUCAGGAGGUACCCCUGUAGUUGGGGGCAGUGGGAACAGCUCCGCUGUGUCCCUGGAAACCCUGCACCAGCUGGCGGCUUCCUACUUCAUUGACAGAGAAAGCACACUGCGCCGACUGCACCAUAUCCAGAUAGCCACAGGGGCUAUUAAGGUCACAGAGACCAGGACUGGGCCACUGGGCUGCAGCAACUAUGACAAUCUGGACUCGGUCAGCUCUGUCCUGGUUCAGAGUCCAGAGAACAAAGUUCAGUUACUGGGCCUGCAGGUGCUGCUCCCCGAACACCUGCGGGAGCGUUUCGUGGCUGCAGCACUUAGCUACAUCACCUGCAGCUCUGAGGGUGAGCUUGUCUGCAGGGAGAAUGACUGCUGGUGCAAGUGCAGUCCCACGUUCCCAGAAUGCAACUGUCCUGAUGCUGACAUCCAGGCCAUGGAAGACAGCUUGCUGCAGAUCCAAGACUCCUGGACCACUCACAACAGGCAGUUUGAAGAGUCAGAAGAAUUCCAGGCCCUGCUGAAGAGGCUACCCAGUGACCGAUUCCUGAACUCCACAGCCAUCUCCCAGUACUGGAUCAUGGACACUAACGUCCAGCACCGCUACCAGCAGCUGGGGGGCAGCUUAAAAGUCCUGUUAAAGAAGAUGCACCGGAUAGUCCGCCGCCUCUUCAAUCUCUGCAAGCGCUGCCACCGGCAGCCUCGUUUCCGCCUACCCAAGGAGAGAUCCCUGUCUUUCUGGUGGAACCGAAUCCAAUCCCUUCUCUACUGUGGAGAAAGCACCCUUUCUGGGACCUUCCUAGAACAGAGCCACAGCUGCACCUGUCCCUAUGACCAAUCUUCCUGCCAGGGCCCCAUCCCAUGUGCCUUGGGUGAAGGGUCUGCAUGUGCCCACUGUGCUUCAGACAAUAGUACUCGCUGUGGGAGCUGUAACCCUGGCUAUGUGCUGGCCCAGGGACUGUGCCGGCCAGAGGUAGCUGAGUCUCUGGAGAAUUUUCUGGGGUUGGAGACAGACCUGCAGGACUUGGAGCUGAAGUACCUGCUGCAGAAGCGAGACAGCCGCAUUGAGGUGCACUCUAUCUUUAUCAGCAAUGACAUGCGUCUGGGCAGCUGGUUUGACCCUUCCUGGAGGAAGCGGAUGCUGCUCACUCUGAAGAGCAACAAGUACAAGCCUGGACUGGUGCACGUGAUGUUGGCCUUGUCCUUGCAGAUCUGCCUCACUAAGAACAGCACCCUGGAGCCUGUCAUGGCCAUCUACGUCAACCCCUUCGGGGGCAGCCACUCUGAGAGCUGGUUCAUGCCUGUAAAUGAGGGCAACUUUCCUGACUGGGAAAGGACUAACGUGGAUGCAGCUGCCCAGUGCCAAAACUGGACUAUCACUUUGGGGAACAGAUGGAAGACUUUUUUUGAGACAGUCCAUGUUUACCUAAGGAGCCGAAUCAAAUCCCUGGAUGACAGCUCCAAUGAGACAAUCUACUACGAGCCCCUGGAGAUGACUGAUCCCUCCAAGAAUUUGGGCUACAUGAAAAUCAACACCUUGCAGGUCUUUGGCUACAGCCUGCCCUUCGAUCCGGAUGCCAUCCGAGACUUAAUUCUACAGUUGGACUACCCAUAUACUCAAGGUUCCCAAGACUCCGCACUCUUACAACUCAUUGAACUCAGAGACCGGGUGAACCAACUCUCUCCACCUGGCAAAGUCCGGCUUGACCUUUUCUCCUGCUUGCUCCGGCACAGGCUCAAGCUGGCCAACAACGAGGUGGGCAGGAUCCAAUCCUCCCUGAGAGCUUUCAAUUCCAAGCUGCCAAAUCCUGUGGAGUACGAGACAGGAAAACUCUGUAGCUAA